ACAACAAACAUGAACAACGUUGGAGAGUCCGCCCUAACUGAAGUGAAAUAAAACUAAAAGAGGUUAGAUAUGUUGUUGGCUUGUUGCCAUCCAUCCAUCGUUCAUGUCGCCUUCUUUGCUUUUUAGCAUUAGAUUAGAUUAAUUAAGAUACUAUUCACUUAAUUCACCUCACAAGUGUUGUUGUUUUUGUUAAGACUAUUGCCUAAUUAGGAGAUCAGGAAAAGAAACAAGCUUCAGAAUCAAUUCCAAUGGCAGUGUCUACUUUCUCCAACACAUUGCUGCUUUCUCCAAUUUCCCAUUCACCAUCCAAACCCAGUUUUCCACUCAUCAUCAAUUUCCCCACUAGAUUCCAAUUCAGACAACCAUCACUAACCACCACCUUUCCUUCCUCCGAUGCCGCCGCCAAUGCUCCUCCUCAACAAAAAGACACUACCCCCAUUGAAUUAAGGUAUCCUGCAUUUCCAAAAGUCAUGGACAUCAAUCAGAUUCUUGAGAUUUUACCUCAUAGGUUUCCUUUUUUACUGGUAGAUAGAGUGAUUGAAUACAAUCCUGGAGUUUCUGCUGUUGCUAUAAAGAAUGUUACAAUCAACGACAAUUUUUUUCCUGGUCAUUUUCCUGAAAGACCUAUCAUGCCUGGUGUUCUCAUGGUUGAGGCAAUGGCACAAGUUGGUGGUUUGGUAAUGUUGCAGCCUGACGUGGGUGGUUCUCGUCAAAACUUCUUCUUUGCUGGGAUAGACAAAGUGCGAUUUCGUAAGCCCGUGAUUGCAGGGGACACCUUAGUUAUGAGAAUGACACUUACUAAGCUGCAAAAGCGAUUUGGAAUUGCCAAGAUGGAUGGCAAGGCAUAUGUUGGAGGUGAAGUUGUAUGUGAAGGCGAGUUUUUGAUGGCUAUGGGGAGCUAAUAAGUAUAUCACUUUCUUUCCCUACUAGAAAUUCACAUAAAUUUGCUUCAUCUUUUAGUUAAAUUCUUCUGCUUUUGAAUGCAGAACUUUGUGAACAUUUACUGUGUGCAUUUUUUCAAUGAAAUCUAUCUUAAUAGUUUGUUCUUUA